UGGCGGGGGCGGGGCGGAGCUCCGGAGCUGAGCAGCCUGGCAACAGCGGUGGCUCCCUGAGCCGGAGGUUCCAGGAUGGCUUCUGCAUCAGCAUCUAAGUAUAAUUCACACUCCUUGGAGAAUGAAUCCAUUAAGAAAGUGUCUCAAGAUGGAGUCAGUCAGGAUGUGAGUGAGACUGUCCCUCGGCUCCCAGGGGAGUUACUAAUUACUGAAAAAGAAGUUAUUUACAUAUGUCCUUUCAAUGGCCCCAUUAAGGGAAGAGUUUACAUCACAAAUUAUCGUCUUUAUUUAAGAAGUUUGGAAACGGAUUCUGCUCUAAUACUUGAUGUUCCUCUGGGUGUGAUAUCAAGAAUUGAAAAAAUGGGAGGCGCGACAAGUAGAGGAGAAAAUUCCUAUGGUCUAGAUAUUACUUGUAAAGAUUUGAGAAACCUGAGGUUUGCAUUGAAGCAAGAAGGCCACAGCAGAAGAGAUAUGUUUGAGAUCCUUGUAAAACAUGCCUUUCCUCUGGCACACAAUCUGCCAUUAUUUGCAUUUGUAAAUGAAGAGAAGUUUAACGUGGAUGGGUGGACUGUUUAUAAUCCAGUUGAAGAAUAUAGAAGGCAGCAUCAGACUCAGCAUCUGGUUGGCCGUGGUACAUAGGGCCAGUCCUAAAGAAAAGGGCCUGCCCAAUCACCAUUGGAGGAUAAGUUUUAUUAACAAGUGCUAUGAGCUCUGUGAGACAUACCCUGCUCUUUUGGUGGUUCCCUAUCGGACCUCAGAUGAUGAUCUUAGGAGGAUCGCAACGUUUAGAUCCCGAAAUCGGCUUCCUGUACUGUCGUGGAUUCACCCAGAAAACAAAAUGGUCAUUAUGCGCUGCAGUCAGCCUCUUGUCGGUAUGAGUGGUAAAAGAAAUAAAGAUGACGAGAAAUACCUGGAUGUGAUCAGGGAAACUAACAAACAAACUUCUAAGCUCAUGAUUUAUGAUGCACGACCCAGUGUAAAUGCAGUCGCCAACAAGGCAACAGGAGGAGGAUAUGAAAGUGAUGACGCAUAUCAAAACUCAGAACUUUCCUUCUUAGACAUUCAUAAUAUUCAUGUUAUGCGAGAAUCUUUAAAAAAAGUGAAAGAUAUUGUUUAUCCCAACAUAGAAGAAUCUCAUUGGUUGUCCAGUUUGGAGUCUACUCAUUGGUUAGAACAUAUCAAGCUUGUUCUGACCGGUGCCAUUCAAGUGGCAGACCAAGUGUCUUCAGGAAAGAGCUCGGUACUUGUGCACUGCAGUGACGGAUGGGACAGGACCGCUCAGCUGACAUCCUUGGCCAUGCUGAUGUUGGACAGCUUCUACAGAACUAUUGAAGGCUUUGAGAUAUUGGUACAGAAAGAGUGGAUAAGUUUUGGCCAUAAAUUUGCAUCUAGAAUAGGUCAUGGUGAUAAAAACCAUGCUGAUGCUGAUCGAUCUCCUAUUUUUCUUCAGUUUAUUGACUGUGUGUGGCAGAUGUCGAAACAGUUCCCCACAGCUUUUGAGUUCAAUGAAGGCUUUUUGAUUACCGUUUUGGAUCAUCUGUAUAGCUGUCGAUUUGGUACUUUCUUAUUCAACUGUGACUCGGCUCGAGAAAGACAGAAACUUACAGAAAGAACAGUUUCUCUAUGGUCGCUAAUUAACAGCAAUAAAGACAAAUUCAAAAACCCCUUCUAUACAAAAGAAAUCAAUCGGGUUUUGUAUCCAGUUGCCAGCAUGCGUCACUUGGAACUGUGGGUGAAUUAUUACAUCCGAUGGAAUCCCAGGGUCAAGCAGCAACAGCCCAACCCAGUGGAGCAGCGUUACAUGGAGCUUUUGGCCUUGCGUGACGAUUAUAUAAAGAGGCUCGAGGAAUUGCAGCUGGCCAACUCCGCCAAGCUUGCUGAUGCCCCCGCUUCGACUUCCAGUUCGUCACAGAUGGUGCCCCAUGUGCAGACGCACUUCUGAGGGGACUCACUUCUGGCACUGCACUUGAACUCUAGAUAAGUGAAAUAGCUGACUCUCAUUCUGGGCAUGUGGACAAAGUAGAUUUAAAGUGUCUGCCUCCAUUUAGAAGUUCAACUAACAUCUUAGACUUUUGAGUAUGUGCCUUCUGUAAUACAUAUCACAAGAAAUCGAUGGUGUCCGUGUGGCAAUCAUAAGGAAGGAGUCAAGAGGGGGUUCUGGAAAAUCCUCAUACUUUUUUUUACAAAGCACUUUUGCAAAGAUAAAACUUAAAUUUAAUUUACCUCUAUAUAAAUUCUACAUAUACAGUAUGUAUUUUGUGGGCUUAAUUGAAAUAUUAUUUUAAAUCCAGGGGGGAGAUUUGUUUGCAAAAUGUAUUUUCCUCCAGCUGCUUAUAACAGUUGCUUUGGAUUAUCUAAAAUUAAUCCAAAUGUGAAAGAUGGGUAUUACUGCCAAAGCCAAAUUGCACUCUGCUUCUUCAGCAAAUUCCAAGAGCAAGGCGUUUAAAUAAUUGCCAAUUUUUAUUUUACCAUAAGUGGUAAGGUAAAAAGAAAGAUGAACAUUUCAUCAUUUUGAAUUUUUGAAAAUAAAAGGUUCUCCCAUCAUUUUUCAAGAGAAGCACAUUUUUAUAUUAAGAAAAAGUGAUAAGGUUUGAUUUUUUUUUCCCUCAACAUUCUCAGCUUUGCUUUCUAAAUUAUCCCAUGAUUUUUGUCUAACACUGAGUCAUACUCAGGUUGAAGGAAACCCAUAAAUAGCACUGUGCGAGGAGCUGGCUGGCUUCUGCUGCUUAGAGGAAUAUGUUCGCAAACAUGCCUCUAGUCAAUUCGCCUUAUCUGCUGAAGUGUAGGGGCACCGCCUUGAAUGGAUGAGCUAUGGCUAGAGCAUCUUUCUUUACAGUAAUGCCCCAGGUGUAUUCUGUUUAUGUCUCUCUGUUUAAAUGGUGUGCGUGCAUAAAAACUUGCUCUGCACAUUAUUACUUGAAGUACUGGGCAAUUUGCUUUUUCAGGUUUUUUUUCAUUUUGUUUUGUAGUAUGAAAUGGAAUUUUAAAUGCACAGUUCUAUUUGAUAUCCGAACUAAUUCAUUUAGUAAAUAUAUUUGUAAAAGCUAAAGUUAAAUCAAUUAAUGUUUUACAGUGAUUUGUAAAGGAUUAUUUAUAGCUAAUAUGGUUUUGUUUUCAGUGAAUUAAGAGAGAUUACAUUUAUCUUUGUAAAUUAUUUUAUGUCAUAGCUUAAUGGCCUACCAAAUGAGACAUCUCAAAUAUAAUAGUAUAAUGUAUGGAUUUUGUAAGUAUAAAAAUUAUUAGAUAUUCGUUUGCUUUUUGUAAACACUGUAAAUAUUUCAUAAAUUAAAAUGUGUCACUCCAUAAGAAGAAAAAACUAAUACUAAUAGUUGACAGGAAUUGGUGAAAUUUCAUGAAAAUAUUUUCAUUGCAAUAAAUAUUAAAAGACCUGCUGUAAUAAAUAUAUUAACUAAAACCUAACAGUAUUUCCAGGGCUAUGACUGUGUGUUUAAGAUGUGCAUGGUGUCCAUCUUACUUGCUUACUUGCUUUUUCUGAAUCGACUUUACUUUCUUUGUCACAGUAACAAUAUCUGUUUUCUUUU